UAAUGAAUUAAUUAUUCGUAGACCGACGUUAUAUAUCCUCGACAACCUAUAGAUGCUUAGAAUUAUAUUACUAUCAUGCCUUUUUGCCGUGAUAUUUUCUCACAAUCAUCCAGAUUUAAAUAUUAAUAAAGUCAUUAGCCCAAAUACGGAUUCUUAUAAACAACAUAUAAAGGACGAUUUAAAAGAUAUUAUGGAUACAAAAUCUUUUUCAGAAAAGGAAUAUCUUUUAUCUUAUUUUAGCUUGCAUGAUCUGGAUAAAGAUGGCUUAUUAAAUGGACUAGAAAUAGGUCAUUCUUUUCAUCAUACUCACCAUUUGAUGAAAUUCAAUGAUAAUCUUCAAUCAAUAUUAACUGGGUAUGAAGAAUCUAUCAUAAAUGAAGUUGACAAUAUUAUGAGAUUUGAUCUUAAUAAUGAUGGGUUUCUCAAUUUUUAUGAAUAUGAAAACUCAAUUAAUGCUCUUACUAAUAAAGGGAUUCCACAUGUUUAAUCAAAUUAGCUAGAGAAUUAUAAAAAAUUCUCUAUUUCUAAUAAAAAUUUUAUUAUGGGGUUUUAAACAGCAUUUUGCAUUUUUUUAAUAUAUUAAUAUUUGAUUUAUUAUUUUUGAUAUUUAUGAUAAGAAAUUUUGUUUGAAAACUUUUAGAAUCAAAAUAUAUGAAAUGUGAUUAAUAGACUUAUAUUAAAUCAUGGAUGAUUUCCUCAGAAACAAUUCCCUUAAUAUUUUUUUUAUAUAAUCCAACAUCAUCAGAAAAAAAAUUUGUUGGGAAUUUUUUCAUGGAAAUUAUCUUUAGCUUAUAAUUAUAUUUCUGACCCAAAAUUUGCAAAUAUUAAAAAGUAUUCUUUUAGAAUUUUGAAUAGAUCUUAAUUUUAACAUUAUUAACCAGUAUUACUCUACACAUCACAUUAUAAACUAUCGAUAUGGUCAUAAAAAUAAAAUCUGAUCACAUCUUAGCUGGAAU